AUGGCUAAUGCUAGAGUACAGUAUAAGGGACGCAAUUACUAUAAACCUAGGAAUACGUUGCAAGGUGCAUCAACAGUCAUUCAAGAAACCGAAAAGUUUUAUGCUAAAACUAAAUCGCUAAGCCUUCCAGUAGCUAUGCAAAAAUUAAUCCAUCAAAAUAAUAAUACAGCUCAUAUCUUAAUGCGAGAUGCGAGAGCAUCUAUUCAAGCGUUAUACGAUAACAUCAAUAAGACUAAUGAGGAAAUUAAGCAAUUAAAUAAAUGUAAGAAUUCACUAGAAGCAUCGUUGGACAAGGUCCGACGGAAUAUCUUGGUCAAUUCUAGAUGCUCUUCAGCAAUAUCGACACGCCUAGGAAAAAGUGCGGCCACACUAGGUAUUGCCGAUAAACAGAUUGGUAAAGAACGAAAUACACUAUUAAAAAUCAAGCAAUCGCUUGAAAUGCAACUUCAAGCUGUACUGGAACAUUUACAAAAAUUAGGUCGUACUCGAAAUAGCCUACAUGAUGCUAUCCAACAACGUAGCAAGACUAUUAAAUCAACACAACAGCAUAUUGUUAGUGCCACCUCAAAGACUGCCGUUGUUGAAAAAUAUAUCCGUCAAAGCCAAGCCAUUAAAACUGCUGAUGAUAUUAAUCAUGAAGUAUCGCCAAGUAUUAGCGUCGGUAAAUUAAUCGAAGGAGUCAAUGCAGUUUGCAGAUUUUCCAAAUCACUUCGUCAGCAAUCAAAAAGUGCCCUUGAGAAUACGGAAUGGAUACAACAAGCAACAUUUAAUGCUGUUGAUACCAACUUACGACAAGAUUUGCAAAGUGCAUCGUCAGCGAAGGCACAAGUGGAACUACAGCGAUGUGCCACUAGAUAUUCUAGAUUGCGACAACAAAGAGCUCAACAAGCUAUCGAUAGGGCAUGCGGAAUACCAAUGACCCAGCAUACAGUAUCGGGCAAAUUUCAAUCGAUUGUUCCAACCACAAUAAAUGGUCAGAAAUUUCAAAUUCAUGGAAAAGCAACAGAACUAGUUGAUAUGCUAGUAACGAUUAACGACAAUAUAGAAUCGUUAAAAUUAAGUGAGAAACAAUUACAUAGGAGUAUAUCGGAAAGGAAAGCUAAUGCUGAAGUUGAUGCAAACAUUUUAAGGAUGAGGCAAAUGGCUAAACGAAACCAUCGAUGGGUAGCUACAUAUUGA